AUGGAAGAGAAACCGCCAAACAGUGCAGAACUUUCGAGUUCUGAUGAGCAACAUGCUCCUGUCGCUCAAAAUCCAACAAAGGACGAUUCGUCCUCCACAUUAUCAGCGUCAAAUCUUGCGUUGGAUCCCACAGACUUGGAUGCAAAGACGGAGCCUGCAAAAGAUGGAGAAAGGGAAUACAUUGCCGGUUUCAAAUUAUUUAUGGUAAUCGCAGCAGUCACUCUGGUCUGCUUUCUAGUUAUGCUUGAUACUUCCAUCAUUGUCACCGCCAUCCCCAAAAUCACAACUCAUUUUCACUCCCUCGAAGACAUAGGAUGGUAUGGUAGUGCGUACCAGAUUGCCAGUGCUUCUCUACAACCCCUUACAGGGAGAAUCUAUACCAACUUCAGUACAAAGUGGACGUAUCUGUCGUUUUUUCUAAUUUUUGAGUUGGGCUCACUUCUAUGCGCUAUCUCUACCUCAUCAAAAAUGUUGAUUGUCGCUCGAGCCGUGGCGGGCUUGGGUUCGUCGGGAUUGCUGAACGGCUCUAUGACCAUCAUUGCAUCUUCGGUCCCAAUGUACAAAUCACCAGCUUUGAUUGGGAUCAUGAUGGGUUUUGGCCAGAUGGGAAUCGUCCUCGGGCCCGUACUAGGUGGUGCAUUCACGGAAUAUUCCACUUGGAGAUGGUGCUUCUACCUCAAUCUUCCAGUUGGAGCCGUUGCGGCGCUGUUGCUCGUCAUCGUCCAAAUUCCCGACCAGGUUGAAAAGCCUUCAAUUUCACUAGUCAAGGAAACUGUCCUCCAUAAGCUUGAUCUUAUUGGCUUUGUUCUCUUUGCCCCAGCGGCCAUUCAAUUGCUGCUUGCCCUUCAAUACGGAGGCAACAAGUUCGCCUGGAAUAGCUCCACUGUAAUUGGACUAUUUUGUGGUUCAGGUGUUACAUUUAUCGUCUUCUUGCUCUGGGAACAUCGCCAAAAGGAACGCGCCAUGAUCCCGUUGGCCAUGCUCAGGAUGCGACGUGUCUGGUCGAGUUGCUUAACGAUGGCUUGUAUUAUGGCCCUUGUGCUCUGCAACUCCUACUAUCUUCCGGUUUACUUCCAGGCUGUCAAGAAUGUUUCGCCUAUUCUCAGCGGUGUCUACAUGUUGCCUGGGAUUCUGUCUCAGUUGGUAUUUGCAGUAAUGUCAGGAUUGCUGAUUGGCAAGCUCGGUUAUUAUCUCCCAUGGGCUGUCUUCAGUGGUGUAGCCACCGCCAUCGGUAAUGGCCUGUUGUCUACAUUCAAACCCGAAACACCGACUGCCAAGUGGGUUGGAUAUCAAAUCCUCUUAGGUGCCGGUCGAGGAUCAGGGUUUCAGACGCCGAUGGUAGCCGUGCAAAACGCUCUUCCACCUGCACAAGUCUCCGUCGCCAUGUCUGUUCUGAUAUUUGCUCAGACCUUAUCCGGCGCAGUGUUUCUCACUUUUGCGAACGUGAUCUUCGAUAACGGCUUGAGAACCCUGGUUCCGCAGUACGCACCGUCGGUUGACCCUGAGGCUCUAAUUGCCGCUGGAGCUUCUGGCAUUCGAAAUGUGGUCGCUGGCAAUAACCUUGCAGGGGUGCUGAGGGCCUAUUGUAACAGCAUAGAUCAUGUUUUUUACAUGGCUGCCGCACUUGGGGUGGGUAUCUUUGCAUCCUCUUGGGGGAUGGGAUGGAAGGAUGUCCGGAAAAAGAAGCCUACGGGCGACAAGGUGUAA